AUGGGCAACACCCUGAAUCCUCACCAGGUGCAUGGCAUUACUUUAAACCUUCUCGAGAUAUCGAGAGAAGUUGAAGAUGAUGCUGAUGGAACAGCUAUAAAUGACCUUGCGUUGGUUGUUCUCAAGGAAACUUACAAAGCGGAAUUGUGGCCAGAUCAGAAAGCUUCAUCCAUUGAAGAGACUGCAACGGUCCAGAAAAAGGUUCUCAGUUUCUUGAAAAUACAAGAUAAGUGGACUGCAUUGGGGUCCAUUCUUUUAAAGAGUCAGGCAUUUCAUAUCACUCAAAAUUCCCAGGAUGGUGAUAGGAUCAUGGCUAUUCUACCACGAACAGAACAUCGAAAACCAUACAUUCCAACGGACAAGAAAGGAUUGAACAACAAUAUGCACUCCCUCAGCAUCAGCCAUCAGUUUCCUUUUGUUGGUGCAUUUCUUCUAGAUAAUACAGGAGUGGAUACGCAGCGUAUGGUAGGGCUGGAUAUUGUAACCUUUGACGAGUACAACAAAAGACUCUAUUCCAACGAGGACGAGUUCCUGGAUGUCUUCCGUGAUUCAUUCACGAAACAAGAAUGGACAGCUAUCAACGCUAUGGAGCAACAUCGGUUGAAAGAAUUCUUUGUUCGAUGGGCCACAAAAGAAGCCUACACCAAAGCACUCGGUGUUGGACUUGGAUUCGAGUUUAAUUCUUUCGAUAUUCAAUUCAAAUCAUUCGAAAACGGAGAGCUGAUAAACACUGGUCUUUGGAAUCUUAUUUGUUCCAUGACAGACGGAGUUUACCUAUCUGCAACUAUUAAUGGAGGGAUGAAUGUCCAGGGAAACUCGUUAGAAGUUUGGGAAUUCUUUUUCCUCCCCCUCACCAGUAGAAGGGCGGAGACGGCAACUUCUGGGUGUUCUUGUGCGUGUCUCGGCCCUUUUGGGAGUCUGACGUCGGAGCCUAGAAUGAAAGUGAAUAUCGGCUGGACAAAAUUGGAUUCUCUUUUGAAAUGGCAUAGAGAUGAGUCGUAG